AGUCGCGUUUGGAUCUCAAGCUUUUUUUUURUUCUGCAGAUUGCUUUGAACAAAGUUUUAUUUGAGGAGGACACCGCUGCUAGUCGUCAGAUGUGACGACAGGGCCAGAGUCCAACCAGAGGGUCCCUGGUAAACAUUUGGAUGAUCUGUGUGGYGAUUUCCCCACUGAACAGCACAAGCCAUGUACCAAGUGGUGCCAGGAGGAGCGGGGGGCACAAUUACAGAUGUUAUCCCCAAGCAAAAACAUACCAAGGACUCUCGACCCUUAGUUGGAGCCGGUGUAAUCGGUCUGGUCCUUGUGAUCGCAGCUGUAACAGCCUGGUGUUACUACAUCGCCUCCCUACGCAAAGCUGAGCUGUUCAAGACUCAGUUGCUGGAUUUGAAUAAAGAUGGCUACAUUAUACGCAACCAGGGAGGGUCGAUUGUUUUCAGGAUGGACUUCAGAUCGGGGACCCUUGAUUUAGACUCCUGCUUUAAAGAAGGGGAGAUUAUWCGUUGUGAACGCACAACUGACAGAAAACUAAAAUUUUUUAUCAAGACUGUUCGACCCAAGGACACCGUGCAGUGCUACAGAGUGCGUUGGGAGGAACUGGUUCCUGACAUUCCUGUUAUGCAUGCCAUGACUUACAAGUUUGCACAUUGGUAUGGAGGUGCUAUAUCAGCAAUUCAGCAUUGGCCUAUUUCUUUUUUUGGCCAACAYGCUCCCAAACCGUUUGUUACAAGUGACAUCUACUCAAACCGGAAUGAAUUUGGUGGAAUUUUGGAGAGUUACUGGCUCUCAUCCAAUGCCACUGCCAUCAAGAUAAACAAUUCUGUGCCUUUCCACCUUGGCUGGAAUGACACUGAGAAAACCAUGUACUUCCAGGCUCGAUACAACGAUAGUCCCUUCAGGCCAAACCCAGGGGAGGCACCAUGUGCUGAACUCAGCUACAGAGUCUGCGUAGGCUCCGAUGUGACAUCCAUACAUAAGUACAUGGUCCGCAGAUACUUCAACAAACCUUACAAAGUACCUGCCGAAGUCAUGUUUAAGCAUCCUAUUUGGUCUACUUGGGCUUUAUACAAGCAAGAUAUCGACCAAGAAAAACUUUUGUCAUUUGCUGCCAAUAUUGAAAAACAUAACUUUAACUGUAGCCAUCUUGAACUAGAUGACCGCUACACAAAACGCUACGGAGAUUUUGAGUUUGACCCAGUGAAGUUCCCUAAUGCCUCUGCCAUGUUUCAGAAACUCAAAUCUGAUGGAUURCUGGUUUCUCUCUGGGUUCAUCCAUUUGUUAACUAUGAGUCAGACAACUUCCAUACUUGUGUAGAGAAGGGUUUGUUUGUUCGGGAGCCUACAGGCCAGCUACCAGCUUUAGUGCGUUGGUGGAACGGCAUUGGUGGCAUUUUGGACUUUACAAAUCCAGAAGCCCGUGAUUGGUUUUCCUCCCAUCUGCGUUCACUACGUUCAAAGUACGGGGUGUCCUCUUUUAAAUUUGAAGCGGGAGAGACAAAUUACUUACCGUGGAAGUUUAGCACUAAGAACCCAAUUCGUGACCCAAGUUUUUUCACAAGACGUUACACAGAAAUGGCUAUUCACUACAACGAUCGAGCUGAGCUGCGCAGUGGAUACCAGUCCCAGAAUAUAUCUUGCUUCUUCAGACCUAUUGAUAGAGAUUCUGUGUGGGGCUAUGAGUUAGGCCUUAAAUCUCUUAUUCCCACAGUACUCACCAUCAGCAUUCUUGGCUAUCAGUUCAUUCAACCAGACAUGAUUGGCGGAAACGCCUAUCUGAACCGCACAGAGGGAGAUCGGGUGAUACCAGAUCGAGAACUUUACAUCCGCUGGUUGGAGCUCUCAGCCUUCAUGCCUUCCAUGCAGUUUUCUAUUCCGCCGUGGGAAUACGACAACGAGGUGGUUGAAAUCGCUCGGAAGUACACAGCCAUCCAUGAAAGUAUUGUUGCACCACGCGUUCUUGAGCUUGCAAGCGAAGUUCUAAACACCGGGGACCCAAUCAUACGUCCCCUGUGGUGGAUUGCUACAGGUGAUGAGACAGCUUAUAAAAUUGACUCACAYUUCCUGAUUGGGGAUGACCUCAUGGUAGCUCCAGUGUUAGAGCCUGGGAAGCAGGAGCGUGACAUCUAUCUCCCAGCUGGCCACUGGUUGAGCUACAAGGGGGAGAGAUAUGACAUCAAAGAACCCCUUCACCUCACAGAUUAUCCUGUUGACCUUGAUGAAAUCGCCUUCUUUUUAUGGGAAUAAAAAAAGCUCAGAUUAUUGGUUGACGGAAGACCUUGUUUGAAAAAUGUACAAUUCCCAUGGUCUUUGAAAAGGACUUUUGAUGGAUUAAAAUGUAACCACUGCAUUGCAUUGCACAGAUGUUCAACAAGUUGCCUUAAUUUUUCUUUUUAUGCAAGUCAAACUAACGAAUGUGACAGACGCUGGGGUCAGGAUUGGGUAGUCUAACUUGAUAUCAGGCUAUGAAAAAAUAACACUAUACAGGGUGUAUCAGAGGAAAUUAUACUCUCAGAAAAAUUGCCAUAAAAUUAACYUAGAUUAUAAUUUUGAAAACGUGGGCYUAACCUUUGGUAGAGGGGAUCYUUCUGCUUUGAAUGACAKAAAAAUCUUAGUUAAUGCUUCACGCUCCAGUGAGCAGGGACAGUUGGAAAUUCACAAAAUUCAUGUCCUUUGCGCAAGGAAAUGUGAGGGUUAAAAUGCAAUCUCUCACAAAAUUAAGAGUUUAGAUGGUGUUUUACACGCAUGCCAAAACGUUUUUAAAAUAAUUAACCCUUUCAUGUCCUAACGUCGAAACAAAAAUAUCAAAUUUUUGAGUGGAUCAUAACCAAGUGUUAACAAACGCAUGUGAAGUGGCCGUGGACAAGUCAAUCCAGCCAACUAACAUUACGUGUAAUGUACUGUACAUGUAUAUAUAUUCAAUGGGUAUUACAGGUAAUUAUUCCAUAACCUGGAACAAGAUCAUGUGAUUGUGUGGUCAUUUUCUUUCAUUAAAACAACAUGAUCACAAACAUCACCUUAUCUUAUGCAGACAAUUGCAACAAUUGUUCCAAACCGUCUCACUGUCUUCCGCAACAUUAACAAGUACCGUGCUUCUGGGACCAGCCACAAUCUCAACAAGGGGUGGUCCGGCCAACAAAGGGCCCAACGCACACCAGCCAACAUUGAAGCAGUCAGAACCCUCUUCGAAGAGCAACAUGCUGGAGAAGCAUGAGAACCCUAACAUUUGGAAACUCAUGUUGGAACCACCCAAGGACAGUGUGAACACUUUUCUUUUGGAGGUAUUCAGUAACCAGGAAAGACCUCUGCUGAGCYGUGAACUGUGGUCAGGCCAUUUUACACCACACAGGCUAAGGCAGGAAGAGAGACAACUGCACAGGUGCUGACAGGUUUUAUGUCCAGGAAUUAUGCAAUUGUCUGCAUAAGAUAAGGUGAUGUUUAUGAUCAUGUUGUUUUAAUGAAAGAAAUGACCACACGAUCACAUGAUCUUGUACCAGGUUAUGGAAUAAUUACAAGUAAUACCCACUGAAUACAUGUAUAUGUACAGUACAUUACAUGUAAUGUUAGUUGGAUGGAUUGACUUGUCCACGGCCACUUCACGUAUUUGUUAACCCUUGGUUAUGAUCCACUCAAAAAUUAGAUAUUUUAGUUUCGACGUUAGGACAUGAAAGGGUUAAUWGUUUUAAAAACACCUUGGCAUGCYUGUAAAACACCAUCUAACCUUUUAAUUUUAUGUGACAGAUUGUAUUUUAACCCUCACAUUUCCUUGCGCAAAGGACAUGAAUUUUGUGAAUUUCCAACUGUCCCUGCUCACUGGAGCGUGAAGCAUUAACUACGAUUUUGGUGUCAUUCGAAGCAGAAUGAUCCCCUCUACCAAAAUUUAUGCCCACAUUUUCAAAAUUAUUAUCUAUGUUAAUUUUAUGGCAAUUUUUCUGAGAGUGUCAUUUUUUUCUGAUACACCUUGUAGUUUUGAAUAUCGCCAUUAAAACUCUGAU